AUGUCUGCCAACGAUCAGUUUCCUCAGACUGGUAUAAUAACUGCUGGUCAAGAUGAAGAAAUUGAUACUAUGGAGAAACUUACAAAUUCGGUACUUGAUGAUAUCUUCUACAACAUCAUUCAUGAUAUAGUAUUACAAACUCAUCGUGAAGAGAAAAUAGCAAAGGCAUGUUCGGCUGCUAUUGCCAUUGAACAAAAAGUCGCAGAAACCAAUCCUGAUUCAAUAGACGAUCCUACUUCUUGGAACACAAAUCAAAUUAUAGAAACCGAUGCGGCGAAGUGGGAAAAUAAAGAAGUUUUCUUAAAAGGCAAUCCAUUAGAAUUGGUCGAUGAGAUUAUCUGCGCAAAGUGUGGUUUACCUCGACUUUUACAACCUACAGACGGAGUGGGAGCAAAGAAACCUCCUCCAGGAAAGGAGUUCUGCAAGAAGAAGCCUUUCAUUGAGAAACCAUGGCAUGAUGUGUAUGGUCAAACUUAUGUGCCAGAAGGACCAGGUAGAGGAAAGAAGAAGAAGGAUAUGAUCAAUCCUUUACUACAACAACAGAAAGAAGGAACACCAAAUAGUCAGGAUGGUGAAGACGAAGGACCGGCGAAACCAAUUUCUUUCCCUCACGCCAAAUGUCACAAUUGUAACACAUUUCUACCGAUUAAGCGAAUGAACAAUCAUAUGGUGAAAUGUAUUGGAGGUGGAGGAAGAGAUUCUGCAAGAGCAGCUGCCUUCAAAAUUAAUGGAAAUGGAUUGGGUACAGGAAAUAACAGUCAAAAUGGUACACCACCUUUAAGUCGACAAGCAACACCACAACCCCAUGGAGGAAAGAGAGGUAGUCCUCAUAAACGCGAAGCUCCCGAUGAUCCAGAUUUCGAAUCCGAUUCUCCACAAAAGAAAAAGAAGUUAUUGAAGAAACCAGGUAGCUCGGGUGGAAUUAUUCUGAAGAAUAAACUCAAAGCUCCGAAAAUGGCAAAAACACCUUCACAACUUUCCUCAUCAAAUCUUAGUUUCGAACACAAAAGACCGGAUAGUGAUGAUGAUAAUGAUUCAGGAGAUGAUGAUCGAGAUGGUGAAUAUGGAAGGAGGACUAGUAUUGAGCCGAAGAAGAAAAUGUUGGUUAAUAAGACGGGGGCUGGGAUAGUCAAGAAGAAUAAGGACGGUGGUGGUCUUGGUAUUGCUGGGUUGAGCGAUAAAAAGAAAAAGAAAUUAUUAUUGGGCAGACCGGGGAGUGGCAGUUCAACACCAGUCCUGAAACCAGGUUCGUUACCAAUGGAUGAGGAUCGAGAGAGGGAAAGAAAGAAGAUCAAGAAUGGAAAUGGAAGUGGAACUUUGAGUGCUCAUAAGAGAGACAGAGAGAGAGAAAGAGAGAGAGAGAGAGAUAGGGAUUGGGGUGCGGAUGAGAAAUCUGAGAGUAGUCAGACUUUGUCUAGUCCAAAUUGA